CUCUGUUAGCAUCAGUUCUUGAAGAAAUUCAACGUUAAAUGUUCACAACUGCCACAAUGUUGAGUUCAAUAGUAUAUUUAGCAUCAUGUCUGAUAAUCCCCUCUGAAGAAUUAGUGGCAAAUAAUCAAGGUAUUAAUGUUUUCAUGGAGAGUACUGCAAGGCAAACGAGAAAUGCGGUCAUUCCAGAUAACAUUGAGGAUUUAUUGAAGCCAGGCGUGAAGAAAGCUUUCAUUCACACUCAUGGUGACAACGUAGAUGAUGACGGACAUAUUCUGGGAUUUUCCAAGAAGAUGAACUCAGAAGGAGACGACGGAUACAAACAUUUCGACAGUUUCCACAAAAAAAAUAAUAACAAAUAUGGUUUCGAAAUAUUUUCCAAAUUUGGUAGGAAAGAGACAGCAAAUAUUGAUACAACAGAUAGAGAUCAGGAAAAUAAAGAAGAAGAUUCGGGAAAAUGAGGUUAUGCAAAAUUCCAAAUGCGCCAUAUAACAGGUUCAUAUUCGCAUUGGUUUUUUAUUCAGAUGAAAUUGUUGACAAUCGUUUUUUGUGUGAUUUUCUAUUGUUGCCUUUCCAUUUUCAUCAAACGAAUGAAAACUCAAUUGAUUAUAAAUUCGAAUUGAAAAACGAAAUCUAACAUUUUUUGAGUUGAUUUGUUUCUGGUACUGUUAAGUUUGAAAGAACUCUACUUUUGCAAUUGUUUGAAGGAGUGAAAUCUGAUG